AUGCCGACCACACGCCGCCAGUCCGCCGGCCCGUCCACCCCUUCACUCGCCGCCUCAUCAUCCACUCCCAAGCCCUCAUCCUCCCGCUCCCGUCGUUCCCUCUCCCACACGCCCUCGCAAGCGUCCCACACCAGUCACAGCCACGCUCAUCAUCGCUCGGCAGACGAAAUCAUGCUUGACGAGGCUGAGCAAAUUUUGCACCACACCCCGGCGCACCACCAUCAGACGGCGGACGAGCUCGCCAUCGCCGAAGCGGAGGAGAUACUCGGUUCUGGAAAUCUUGAUUCCCCAGCGCUCAGAUCGGGGAGAUUGAGGAGUGAGACGCCGAAGCCGUCUCCGAGAGGAAGGGCGAGGUCGGAGGUUGUUGUUGAGAUUCCGGUGGGGAGGGCGGGGAAGAGGGGCCCGAGGAGUAGUGGGCUGAGUAUGCAGAGCAAGGCGUCAGUGGAGACGGAUGAGGAAGAAGAAGAGGAAGAGGAGGUGGAGGAGGUGGAAGAUCGGGAGCAGGCUUCGGCUCUUUUGCCACUCGAGGCAGCUGCUCAGGGCGAGGCGGAGACGGAUUCUGCACCAGAUGAGCCGGAGAUGCUGGAAGAGCAGCAGGUGGGCAUUGGAGAGGAUGCCAUCAUCCCUCAAGUCGUUGCCUCUGGCGGGACCACUCCAACCACUACAUCCGCCGAUCUCGACCUCCCCCUGCUCAACACCUCGGCCACCACGGUCUCUUCCUCCAGGUCCGCCUCACCCGCUGCCGAUGUGAUCGAUGCCACCGGCGACACGUCCUCUGGGUCAGAGACUUCCUCCGCAUCAGACUCGGAUGAUUCCGAUUCGUCCUCCGCCACUUCGGAUGAAGAGUCAGAGUCAGAGUCGGAGAGUGAGGACGAAGACGCAGAAGAGGAGAGGAUGGAGAAGCUCUUGGCUGCAGCGAGGAAGACUGCCAUUUCGCGCGCGAAGCCUGCUCCUGCUGAGGGUGUAGUGGGAAUGGGAGACGAGGAUAUCCUCCACCUCGACGCGGAUGAGGAUGUAGUGGAUGCGCCCAUACCGCAGAUGACCAUCCCUGGCCUCCCGGCUCCUUCACGCGUAUCCUCAAGCAGCGGUACCGCCCGAGCUGGACCAUCUCGUCUCAAGCCUCGCUCGGUAGCGUCUGGGAACCCUGCGCCGAGUCUGAGCGGGAAAGGCAAAGAGAGGGCGGUGGAGCUGGAUAACAGGGAGUAUGCGCGCCCGCUCACCAAGCGGGAGAAGGCGAAUCAACCCAAGAAGGCCACCCCGUCAGAACUAUGGUCGACUCUGCCUUCGGCGCGCGCAGAUCUCCUCCCGCAGAUGAAGCGCGAUUACCAGGCUCUGGCGCUGGCGAAUAGUAUGGACCCAAAGCGGUUCAUGAAGGAUCGGUACCGUAAUGGAACCGGCCCCGCCCACCUCCCUAGGAAACGACGCGAUGACUCGGGAACAAAAGUACAGGCCGCGGCGCAGCUCGUCCAAGGUGUCGUGGAAGAUACGGGCGUUGGGGAGUAUGCCAAGCGCAAGUUUGGGGAUCUGCAGUGGAAGCGGAUGGAGAAUGGGCGAGGGAAGGGGUGGAAGAAGCGGACCAAGUGGUAG